AUGGAAUCAAAUUACAAUGAGUUUUAUAAAAAUAAUUUAGACAUAGACCAUUCUCAAGAAAUUAUUCGAUAUUUAAAAAAUGGUAACAGGGUGACAGUAAGCAAUAAACAUUUUUUUAAAGAUAUAUUUAGAAGUAAAUUUGGAGAUCGUACUGGUAGAAGUAAAGCAUAUAAAUCGUUUGUAAAUUCCUCAUUUAAACGAUAUCUAAAAAUUAUAAAUAAAACAUAUUCACUCAAUGGUUUGGAUCGAAAUGGAGAUGACAUAUUGUUUAAUAAAAUUAAAGGAAAAAAAGUAUUUAUUGGUCCAAUUCCUAAAAGAUAUCAUUACAAUGAAAAAGACGAUAAUACAAUUGAACACUUUAACGUCGAUCAAAUGGUUAAAAAAAUAAGAGAUGAAGGGUUUUAUAUUUGUAAAAUUGAUGUGGAAAAUACAUUCAUAGAUUGUGUGGAUUGUCAGACAAAGACAUAUGUUGUUAGUAAAAAGUCAACUAAUUUACGCAAAAAAACACCAGAUAAUGAAAUUCAUACACCUACUUUAUCACCUGAACAACUUACACCACUAUUAACACCUCAAAAAACACCACCACUUUCAGCCACACUUGGAGAGGAAAUAUCUGAAGAGGAAACAUCUGAAGAGGAAACAUCUGAAGAGGAAACACUCGAAGAGGAAACAUCACCAUCAAUAUCAAUUUCAAAUUCACCUGAAGUUGUGAUACCAUUAUUACCCACACCAACACCAACACCAACACCAUUAAUUUCUUCACCACAAUCCAAAGUUCAGCAAGAUCAGCAAACCUCAGAAGGAUGUCUUAAAUUCAUCCCAAAGUUGCGAUAUCGGAAUGAAAUAAAGGCUUCAAAAUUAAAUAAAGAAAAUACAUUAGAACCAACCCAAAAAAUAAUUCCAGUGAAAAAAUUUAAACAAAGUUAUUGGGCAAAAAAUCCAAAAUUGAUGUCCACAACUGAAAUUAAAGUUUUUCAAGGUUGUUUAAGUGAAAAAAGAUCAAGAGUUCAAAUUAAAAAAUAA